AUGAGGCAGGAUGAGACAAAAAGAUAAGAAGAGACCUGACGUCUUCUGACAUGUGUACACACAUUCGUGUACCCCCGACUCCACGUGCGCAGACAAGAGGAGAAAGGGCCUUAUUAGCUCAGUGGUAGAGCAUUUACCAAAUGUAUUGGUGGUCCAGGUUCAGUCCUAAGUCGCACGCACGCACGCACGCACGCAUGCACGCACGCACGCACGCACACCCCUCAGCCUGGCCCCAAGCGCUGCCAGCUGGGUUGGACAAGAGCGCUCACACUCCCUCACUCCCUGCCUCUAAUCAUGGCUCCCGUUAUGUCUAGUGUGUCCUUCUGUCCCCAUGACCUCUGAGUCCCUUACAUACCUAAAUCCAGCCUGUGAGGGAGACCACCACGGAUACCAGGGUGACAGGACAAGCAACUAUUGACUAAGUGCCCCUUGUUCCUUAAGCAGGACAGAGGGAACAAGAUUGUUGUUCCCGGCUCUCUGAGGUCAGCAGGGAGCUGGUGGGGGCUCUGGGAAGUCUGCCAGACCAGGGGCUGCCUAAGCCUAUGGAGGCCUGGGCCUGCUCUGUAGAGUGUCUGAGGCCAGGUGUUCUGUCACCCAUAGCUGGUUGAAACCUGCCUGGCAGGGCUGGGGAAGGGCUCUCAGGAAAGCUCCCCCAUUUCUAAGGCCAGGUUCCGAUCAGGUGCUCAGGAGAGAGAACCCAGAGGUGACAAUAGAAAAAAAGGCCUGUCGCUGUCACCAGCCCUGUUGAUGUAAGCGGCAGUGCCAAGUCGGCAAACAUCCGCGCGUCCGGGAGCCUCCCCAGAUGGCUUUGAGAACUCCCCCAGGAAGAGCCCCCCACCAGCUCCUUCCUGUCCCUCUGGUGGCCCGUGGCUCCUUCCUUCUGGACAGGGGCCCAAGGGACUCCAGGAGCAUAUAAGGGCGAGGGAAGGAGGUCCAGGCACAAGAUACCCAGGGUGAAUUCUCCCGGCCAGACCCUGAGAUGUUUCACCUGGAGACCAUGCUGCUGUUGCUGAUUUUUGCCAUCCUGGGGACCCCCACCUUUUCCGCAGAUGAUUACCAUGGCAUAAAAACUGGGACACAGUUCUGCACUUCCAUACCUGAAGGGAAAAACUUAACAGGAGUUCAGGUUUAUAUUCGGCGUAAUGUGAUUAUCGGUAUCCAGGUGAAACAUGGAGACAACUGGGGUCUACUAUACGGCUUUUCUGAUGGGACUCCUGUGGAAUUCUUACUGAAUGAUGGUGAACAUGUCAAUGGGGCCUAUGGCACACACACAAAUAAUGUUAUACGUCAAAUAAUCUUGUAUACUACCGAACUACGUGAUAAGAUUUUUGGGCCCUUAAAAGGUACAUUGGAGUUCUCCGAUUACCCUAAAAAGCCUGGCCAGGUACUCAAGGGCUUCUGUGGCUAUUAUACAAGGGCUGGCUUCAAGGCCAUCCAGUUUGUGUGGAAGAGUUUAAACGGGACUUGUACAGAGUAAAGCGGAUGGCCACCCAAGCUGAAGUGGUCUGUGUCAGAUAACCCACCUGUACUUAAAGUGAACCCACUAAUAAAUACAGCAUCUGCAUGAA